AUGUAUUGGUCGUCGCAGUGGUUCCAUGGCAUGGUUCAUCAGGACAUUCAAGCAAGCAGCACGGGCAUGCCGUACAUUGAAAAAGCUCUUGCAGGACAAUCCAACAUGACAAAGAUUUGGCUUUUUGUCCUCCUUAUGUUCUACCAUGGCCUUCCUUCAGAGGGAAUAAGCACAAGACCAAGUACAGUUAACAUAGGCGCACUUAUGUCCUUCAAUUCAACUGUUGGCAGAGUGGCUAAAGUUGCUAUAGAAGCUGCAGUGGAUGAUGUGAACUCAGAUGCAACUAUUCUUAAUGGAACUAUGCUUAAGAUUUCAAUGUUCGAUACUAAAUUAUCCACUGGAUUCCUAGGAAUCGUUGACUCAUUAAGAUUGAUGGAGAAUGACACUGUGGCCAUAAUUGGUCCCCAGUUCUCAGUGAUGGCUCACGUGAUUUCACAUAUUGCAAAUGAGUUGCAAGUGCCACUCCUCUCAUUUGCAGCAACAGACCCUACACUGACUUCACUGCAGUUCCCGUAUUUUGUUCGGACAACUCACAGUGAUCUGUAUCAGAUGAUUGCUGUGGCAGAAAUUGUUGAUCACUUUCAAUGGAGAGAUAUCAUAGCCAUUUACAUUGAUGAUGAUCAUGGAAGAAAUGGGGUGUCUGCUUUAGGGGAUAAGCUAGCAGAAAAACGUGGUAAAAUAUCACAUAAAGCAACGUUUAAGCCUGGUAACGUUACUAGGGAAGAAAUAAACAGUGCAUUGGUUAAGAUAGCUUUAAUGGAAUCAAGGGUAAUAGUGCUUCACAUAUACCCUUCUUUUGGUCUAGAUGUAUUGAAUGUGGCUCGGUCACUUGGCAUGAUGGGAAGUGGCUAUGUGUGGAUAGCCACAGACUGGCUUUCUACACUACUGGAUUCAAACCCAUCAUUGUUCACCACUCAAUCCAUGAAUGACAUCCAAGGUGUUAUCACCUUGCGCAUGUAUACGCCCGAGUCUGAAAUCAAAAGAAAAUUUAGUUCUAGUUGGAACAAACUGAGCAAAGAAAAGGAUCCUUUUGAGGGUCCUUUUCCAUUGAACACUUUUGGCUUUUACGCCUAUGACACUGUUUGGGUACUUGCAUCUGCACUCGAUGCAUUUUUUAGGAGUGGGGGAACUUUGUUAUUUUCAAAUGAAUCAAGUUUAAACAUGUUACGGGGGGAUGCUCUUCACCUUGAUACCAUGGGGGUCUUUCUUGAUGGUGGCAAGUUGCUUCAAAAAAUUUUAGAUGCAGUGGAAUUAGGAGGAUUGGUUAUUGGUCUGAAACCUCUGGCCUCCACACUGGGGAAGCUCCUAAUCAUUCCAAUUUUAGUGAAGUACUAUAUGGUGUCAUCUGGCCUGGUCAAACAACUCAAACCCCACGUGGAUGGGUUUUUUCCAGCAAUGGAAAAAAACUUAAGAAUUGGGGUGCCACUUAGAAUUAGCUACCGUGAGUUUUUGUCAAGAACUGAGGGAAGUGAGAUGUUUGGUGGUUAUUGCAUAGACGUGUUCACUGCUGCCAUCCGCUUGUUGCCUUAUCCCGUUCCCUACAAGUUUGUUCCAUUUGGAGAUGGUAAAACCAACCCACCAAAUACAAAACUUCUCAACAUGAUCAGUAUUGGGAAGUUCGAUGCUGUUGUGGGAGACAUAACCAUUACCACAAACCGAACUAAGAUAGUGGAUUUUACACAGCCAUAUAUUGAGUCUGGGCUAGUUGUUGUGGCACCAAUAAGGAAGAUGAAAUCCAGUGCUUGGGCUUUCCUGAGACCAUUCACUCCAAUGAUGUGGUUUGUGACAGGAAUGUUUUUCUUAGUUGUGGGAGCCGUCGUGUGGAUUUUGGAACGUCGCUUAAAUGAUGACUUCAGAGGCCCAGCUAGAAGGCAAUUUGUGACCAUUUUAUGGUUUAGCUUUUCAACCCUGUUUUUUUCUCAUCGAGAGAAAACUGUGAGCACCCUUGGUCGUUUCGUGCUAAUCAUAUGGCUGUUUGUGGUUUUGAUACUCAACUCAAGCUAUAUUGCAAGCCUCACCUCCAUCCUAACAGUGGAACAACUCUCUUCCACAGUGAAGGGAAUUGAAAGCUUAGCAACAAGUGAUGAACGCAUUGGUUUCCUGAGUGGCUCUUUUGCUGAAAAUUAUCUGACAGAGGAGCUCAACAUACACAGAUCAAGGCUUGUUCCUCUCAACUCCCCAUCAGAAUAUGAAAAGGCCCUGAAGGAUGGACCUGCUAAUGGGGGUGUCACUGCAAUAAUAGAUGAACGUGCGUACAUGGAACUGUUCCUGUCUACCAGAUGUGAAUACGGUAUUGUUGGGCAAGAGUUCACCAAGAUGGGAUGGGGCUUUGCCUUCCAAAGAGACUCUCCUCUGGCAAUUGACAUGUCCACUGCCAUCUUAAAACUCUCAGAGAAUGGUGAUCUUCAGAGAAUUCAUGACAAAUGGCUAACAAGAAGUGCAUGUAGCUCAGAGGGUGCAAAACAAGGCAUAGAUCGUCUUGAGCUAAAAAGCUUCUGGGGUCUGUUCCUACUUAGUGGCAUAGCAUGCUUCAUUGCUCUCCUUUGCUAUGUUGCAAGAAUGGCCUACUGUUUUAGCAGACACUCCAACAGAAACUCCAAAGGCUCAUCACACUCUGCUCGUCUUCGAUCAUUCUUGACCUUUGUGAAUGAACGAGAAGACGAAGACAAAAGUGCGUCAAAGAGAAAACGAACCGAAAAGGGGUGUAGUCGAAGGGUGGCGCAUGAAGAAGAAUUGGAUGGGUCAAGUGUUGGUGUCCAUGUUGAAAAUUAG